AUGACGUUGAUUAAUACUAUCCAUAAAACUGCCUACGAUGGUGUUGAUGCUGCCUUACCAUUGCAAUCCCAGCAUGGUAACACGGUCUUGAUCACAGGUGGCGCGGGAGGGAUCGGAUUCGCGAUUGCCCGUGCGUUCGCAGUUGCAAAUGCCUCGCAUUUGAUUUUGUUGGGACGUGACGAGUCUCGCCUUUCACGAGCGACACAACGCCUGAAAGAUGAGGUUCCGUCAUUCUCGGGUCAGAUCACAACUCAGGUUGCAGAGCUUGUUGAUCCUGAUAGACUGGAACGUGUCUGGAAUAAUGUCAUUGAGAUUGCCUCAGAAGUCGAUGUGCUUAUUCUCAAUGCAGCAUACAUGAGCGGAAGCCAUGGUACUCUACAGAAUGGCUGGCGCCAGGUCUGGGAGCAGUACGAGGUGAACGUACGGGGAAACCUGACGCUGGUCGACAAAUUUGUACAGCAGACACAGGUCGAGGGAAGGGGCAAGAAGUUUAUUGUCAAUGUUACUUCAGAUGCAAUCAACAACUAUGAAGCUAUGGAAGGCCAAAGACCUUAUGCCGCUACAAAAGCAUCUUGGACUUGCCUUUUACAACACAUAGCGUUGGAGAUCCCGGUAUCAAGCGUCCAGAUUAUCAAUAUGCAUCCUGGUGGCGUUUUCACAGAGACCAUUGCCCAAAUGCUGCCGCAGGAUUGCUAUGAGUGGGAUAGCGACACUCUUCCUGGGAACUUCGCUGUAUGGGCUGCAACAAACCAGGCAGCCUUCCUUCAUGGGCGGUAUUGUUGGGCAGGAUGGGAUGUAGAGGAGAUGCGAGAGAAAUUGGACGAUAACCAAUUGACAAAUCAGCAAUUUUUGAGGAUCGGGGUGAUUGGAAUGGAAGAUGCAAAAUUACAGAAGUAA